CGGCGGCCGGAAACGCCGGCUUCGGAGCCUUAGGCGCCGCGGCGUUUCCUUGUUUUCCGCCUAGUCCUCGCCGCCAUGGCCAAGUGGGGCCAGGGGGACCCGCACUGGAUCGUGGAGGAGCGGGAGGACAGGACCAACGUGAACAACUGGCACUGGCGCGGCCGGCGGCGGCUUCCUUCCGGGAUCUGGGGAGGGCCGGGCCGCGGGAGCCGGGGCUGCCCUGGGGUCUGUGCGGGGCCGCGGGGCCAGGGGGCCGCCCCCCAUCCUGAGCUGCUGGACGCAGGGCUCGGCCUUCGCCUCUCGGCUCGGGAGAGUCCUUGAGUACGGAGACCGGCGAGGAGGGUUGCAGCUGCCUCUCUUUGAAAGUUGGGUUGGGCCCCAAGAGUGACUUCCGACAGACCUUUCCACUCCCACCGUCUGUGGCCUGAGGGCCUUCCCUUCUCCUCCCGCCAACCCCUCUGGAUGUUUCGGGGAGUUAGAAGGGAGCUGGAUUGAGAAACUGUGUUAGGGGCGGGGGUAUGGAACGUAGUGGAAAGGGCAGAAAUUUGGAUCUCAGUUCGCGCCCACCCCGCAGGCGCCGCCCGCGAGCCGGGCCCUCUGUGAGUGAGACAAGCUCCUCUUCCUUUACGCGCCUCACCUGGCGCGUGGGGGGAGGUCGGCAGCCCUUCGCCGCGGAACCUCCGGAAGGGAUGUCCUCUGCCCUGCGCCUCUGGCCGGGGCUGUGGUCCCUCCAGGCCCUCGAGGGGAUGCUGAGGCCGGUCCCCAGAGGAGCAUGACUUGGCUGGUCCGGAGGAGCUCUGAGGGCAUGGGCAAUCUUGGCUCGCUGCAACCUCAGCUUCCAGAGUUAAAGCGAGUCUCCUGCUUCAGCCUGAUGAGUAGCUGGGACUACAGGACAGAGCGGGAUGCCACCAGCUGGUCCAAAGGGAAGUUCCAGGAGCUCCUGGUGGGCAUCGUUGUGGAUAAUGACGCUGGCCGCGGCGAGAUCAACGAGUUGAAGCAGGUGGAAGGGGAGGCUUCGUGCAGCAGCCGCAAAGGAAAGCUGAUUUUCUUCUAUGAGUGGAACAUCAAACUGGGCUGGAAAGGCAUCGUUAAAGAAUCUGGAGUGAAGCACAAGGGAUUGAUUGAAAUACCCAGUCUUUCUGAGGAAAAUGAAGUAGAUGACACUGAGGUCAACGUGAGUAAAAAGAAAGGAGAUGGGGUUAUACUGAAGGAUCUUAUGAAAACUGCAGGCACUGCCAAGGUCAGGGAGGCCCUUGGAGAUUACCUGAAGGCACUUAAGACGGAAUUUACAACGGGAAUGAUUUUACCAACGAAAGCUAUGGCAACCCAGGAAUUGACUGUCAAAAGAAAACUGAGUGGGAAUACCCUGCAGGUUCAGGCCUCAUCUCCAGUGGCACUGGGUGUAAGGAUUCCCACUGUGGCUCUUCACAUGAUGGAACUGUUUGACACAACUGUAGAGCAGCUGUAUAGCAUCUUCACUGUAAAGGAUUUAACAAAUAAGAUCAUCAUGAAAUGGAGAUGUAGGAACUGGUCAGAAGAACACUAUGCCAUGGUUGCACUGAAUUUUGUGCCUACUCUAGGGCAAACAGAAUUACAAUUGAAGGAGUCUAUCUGUAAAGAAGAGAACAUGAAAUUCUGUUGGCAGAAGCAGCAUUUUGAAGAAAUAAAAGGUUUACUGCAGCUGACCCCCCUAAAUGGUUGAAUUAAAAUUUUAUAAGGCAUUACUUUUUGUAAGCGGAAAAAGUGUCACAUUUACCUCUUCCCUAUCUUUUUUUUAAAACGACUGUCUUUAUUUUAUAUUGGAUGAAAUCUAUGAACAUAUAUACAAUGUAAA